CUCACUUCAGUUUUAACGUCGAAGCAUCUUAUUUCUCUCCACUAUUCUUCAUCAUUUUCCUUCAUUUCCUUUGAUUCCUUCCAAUUACAAAGCAGAAACCAUGGCUGACCUUGCAGGCAUAGUUCUCUCCCCACUCCUCCAAGUGUUUUUUGAAAGGGUGGCAUCUCGUGAAUUUGUUUACUUUUUUCGACGAGAAAAACUCGACCAAGCACUCUUGAACAAACUAAAGAUGGCUUUGCUAUUUGUGAAUGUUGUGUUUGAAGAUGCAGAGGAAAAGCAAGUGGUAAAUCCCAACGUAAAAGAAUGGCUCGAUGAGUUGAAAGAUGCUAUCUAUGAGGCAGAGGACACCUUGGAUGAGAUUGAUACCGAAGCCAAACUACGCGAGUUGGAUGCUGAAUUUCAUACCACUAAGAGCAAGGUACGAAAAGCCAUCUCUACUUCUCUUAAAGUACCCUUUGUCAAGAAAAUUGAACCAAAGAUAAAACAAGUGCUUGACAAAUUGGAGUAUCUUGUAAGUCAAAAGAACAAUAUGGGUCUAAAAGAAGGCGUUCAAGGAAAUCCAUCUGAAAGAUUGCCCACAACUUCUUUGGUUGAAGAAUCUGGAAUUUGUGGUAGAGAAGAUGAUAAGGAGAAAAUUAUUAAUUCCUUAUUCUCAAAUGAUGUAAGUGGCAAUAAGUUGUUUGUGAUUGCUAUUGUCGGUAUGGGGGCACUCGGCAAGACCACCCUUUCUCAGCUUGUAUACAAUGACGAGUGCGUGAAGGAACAUUUUGACCUUGAAGCAUGGGCUUGUAUUUCGGAUGACUUUGACGUCUUUAAGGUAACAAAAGCAAUUCUAGAGGGAGUUGGUUCAUCCGCUAAUGGUGAUGGUAAGACUCUAGAUUGGCUUCAAAAUAGACUAAAGGAGAGUUUGACGGGAAAGAAAUUUCUACUUGUUUUAGAUGAUGUUGGGAAUGAUAAUUAUAUUAAUUGGGAGGUCUUAACUAAUCCCUUCAGAUUUGGAGCACAAGGGAGCAGUGUUUUGGUAAUCACAUGUGAAGAACGAGUAGCAUCGGUUAUGCAAACUAUACCUAAUUACUAUCUGAAGCCAUUACCAGAAAAAGAAUGUUGGUCACUUUUUGUAAGACAUGUGUUUCGUGGCAGUAUACAUCCAGAGCUAGAAGCAAUUGGAAGACAGUUCGUAGAAAAAUGCAAAGGUCUGCCUUUAGCAGUCAAGACAAUUGGAGCUCUCUUGAGGUCUAAAGUAGAUGCUGAUGAUUGGAAUAAAAUAUUAAAGAGCGAGGUGUGGGACAUGUCGACUGAAAUUAUUCCUGCUCUACGAUUAAGUUAUAAAUAUUUGCCCUCACAUUUAAAGCGAUGCUUUGCUUAUUGUUCGAUAUUGCCAAAAGAUUAUCUUUUCUCAGAAAAUGAAUUAGUCUUAUUGUGGAUGGCAGAAGGUUUCUUGAAAAAAUCUAAAGACAAAACAAUGGAGCAAGUCGGUCAUGAUUACUUCUUUGAUCUGGUAUCGAGAUCGUUAUUCCAACAACACAAUGUGUAUGAUUUUAAGUUCGGAAUGCAUGAUCUUGUCAACGACUUGGCAAAAUUUGUAUUUGGACAAUUUAUCUUUAGACUGGAGAGUGUCAAUUCACUCCAAGUUACGAGCAAGACUCGCCAUUUAUCGAUUCUUGAAAACAUCCCAAAGACGUUUGAGGCACUUUAUGAGGCUAAGGGGUUACGCACUUUUCUCCCAAUAUUUCUAAAUUAGGCUUUUCGGAAUGGAGCACUCCCACAUCAUUCGUUGCCCAUGUUGAGAUUCUUACGAGUGCUUUCCUUAUUAAGGAAUAGAAAUGUAACUGAGUUGCCUGAUUCAUUUGGAAAAAUUAGACAUCUACGAUAUUUGGAUCUGUCAGAUACACCAAUUAGAAAACUACCUGAUUCUAUAUGUAAAUUGUGCAAUUUGCAAACAUUGAGAUUAAUUUGGUGUGAGAAUUUUACUGUAUUACCUAGAGAUAUGCAUAAACGCAUUAGUUUGCAUCAUCCUUUUUUAUAUGGAAGUGCCAUAACGGAGAUGCCGUUACAACUGGGUAGACUAAAAUGUCUACAGACUUUGGAUAUAUUUGUUGUCAACAAACAUUGCGGAUAAAGCAAUAUUGGGGAGUUGGGGAAGCUUGAAUAUAUUGGGGGGAAUCUCUCUAUUGAGAACCUCCAAAAUGUCAAAUCUCCUGCCGAUGCUUUGGAUGCAAGAUUGAAGGAUAAGAAGCACCUUGAGGACUUGACGUUGGAUUAUCUAGACAAUACAAGUAGCAAUAUUUCAAAAAGUGAUCAAAUAACUGUAUUGAAGAGUCUCAAACCCCAUACAAACCUGAAAAGUCUCAGAAUCAACAAAUAUGGUGGUAAAAGCUUUCCGGAUUGGAUCACUCAUCAUUCGUUCUCUAAGAUAGAAUCUAUUUAUCUCUAUGAUUGUAAAUAUUGCCACAUCUUGCCAUCAUUUGGACAACUACACGCUCUCGAGAGCCUCUACAUCAUUGGGUUUCAUGGAAUUGCUAGUGUGGGUAAGGAGUUCUAUGGUAGCUAUUCUUCUACGUUUAAGCCAUUCGAAGCCUUGAAAGUUCUAAGGUUCGAAGACAUGCCAGAUUGGGAAAACUGGUUAUGCUUUGAUUCUGAAAAUGAAGGUGAAGCUUUUCCUCAUCUUGCAGAGCUUUAUAUUGUUAAUUGCCCCAAGCUAACAGGAGGGUUACCCAUCCAUCUUCCUUCUUUAGCCAGACUUAAGAUUGUUGAAUGUUCGCAGCUGGAGGCCUCACUCCCAAGGUCUCCUACUCUAUGUCAAUUGAAGUUAACAAAUUUUAAUGAGGUUCUGUUAAAUGAAUUGCCAUCUAGAUUAUUGCAAAAAGUAGUACUUGAAGGAUGUGCUGUAUUACGGUCCCUAUCGGAGGGAAUGAUGGAUUCCAGCAGUCCUCUUCAAGAAUUGGAAAUUUAUGGUUGUAGCUCGCUCAUGUUACUUUUCGAAGAUGGUCUAUCCUCCACAUUGGAAACUCUUAAGAUCUCAAACUGUAAGAAGUUAGAAUUCCCAGUGCACUUCAACUAUUCAUCGCUCAAAGAGUUGUACUUGGAAAAUAGUUGUGAUUCUCUUAGGUGCUCCAGCAAACUUAAUCGCCGAGAUCAAUAUUAUCACCGUCAAGGGAUGUGAGAAUCUAGAGUCUCUUACUUAUUCAGAACAACAUGAAACUGAUUCAGCCGCCUCGACUAUAAGAAUCCAGAAAUGCCCAAAUUUCGUAUCAUUUUCAGAUGAAGGAUUGCGUGCCCAAAAUUUGAAAACAUUUGAGAUAAAUGGUUGUGGGAGUUUAAGGUCAUUGCCUGACAAGAUGCACCUACUCCUUCCAUCACUUGAGUCACUAUUUAUUAGUAUGUGUCCAAUGUUGCAAUCAUUCGGUGAAGGGGGCUUGUCUACCAAUUUAAAAUCAAUUUCCAUCUUAGAUUGUGACAAACUUGUUGCCUCUCGAACGACAUGGGGUUUGCAAAAACUCCUCUCUCUUCAAGAAUUCUACAUCCAUGGCAAAUGCAAAGAUGUGGAGUCUUUUCCGGAGCCGGCGUUGCUGCCCAUGACUAUAACCAGUCUUACCAUCUCUGGAUUUUCAAAUAUGACAUCUUUGGACAACUUGGGCCUUCAACACUUCACCUCUCUGAAGACAAUGCGGAUCUAUGAUUGUCCUAAUCUGAAGUUCUUGCCCAAAGAUGGGUUUCAUGCCUCAAUUUCUUCACUAGGUAUCAGGAAAUGUCCACUGUUGGAGAAACUAUUACAAAAUAAAAAAGGAAAAGAAUGGUGCAAGGUUGCUCACAUCCCCCACAUAAGCAUUAAUUAUAAGGGGAUUUGAAUGGCUUCUUCUACAAGGCAACCAUAUGAACUACAAGUGAAUGGCAGCGACUGUAUAUUCACCUUUCAAAAUAAGGUGGUGCUUCAGACUCAAACACAAAUAGCGGGCAACCUUUUACUUGUUGUUGUUGCUGGAAUUGAGGAAAUUUCUGUUAAGAAUAGCAACUCCGCUUCUACAACAAAUUAUAUAUCAGUGCCAGGAAAAGCCUCGAGUUCCUUUGUGUGACUAACAGAUCGAAACCUUGAUCGGUAAGUCAUUCUAAGAAAAUAUCUACAAAAUCAGAAUCUAAUACUAUUUAUUUUCCUAAGAAAAGCCAUCUAGAUUUCGGGAAUUCAAGAAAGAGUAAAAAAAUAAAAAAAAAAUAAAAAAAAUCCAUUGUAGUGUCUAAAAGAAGAUAGCCAUCAUGUUUUGAAUUUACAACAAAUACAUAUGAAAGCAGGUUGCACUUCACAAGGCUUCGGAGAUCUUUUUUCCCUACCUUAGACUAGAACUCAAACUUUGGGCAACAUCCACUCAUGUGACAGAUAAUCUCCUAUAUGACAUGGAGUCCCUCAUCUUCUAAUUCAGACUGCUCCCCUGUAAAUCGACCACAUGUUCCUUUCUCUAAAAUUGAUGAAGUUUUUGUGAAAAUAGCAACUCCGCCUCAGGUUCCAAAUUUCUUCUCCAGGGGCAAAGCAGAUAGCUGUUUGGAAAUUCAGUAAGUGGCAAACAAUUUGAAUGCAAAUCGUUCUAAAAUUACUGAAACCAAUUUAAUAUUUUUCAACAAAAUUUUAUGUACUGCAGCUCUGUCUCAUGCCAGCAAUUUUACUGCAGUUAUUCUUGUUGAUGUCACUAUGAAUUUCAGCAUAUAAUUGUUUUUCCAAAAAUUUCUCACAUGCAUCUCUAUGUCUCCUUGUAGAUCAUUUGGUUGCAGGAGAUAUAAUUUGGCUCUUCCAAAAUGGUGGUUGGGCCAUGGCAUGAUGUGAUUCCUGAUCAUUAAAGAAUCACACUUUUUCAUAUCAUCAAGUGGAUAUUACAUAUUUCAAUCUAACAAUAGUUAAUUUCAGGUUUUGCAAUAGCUACUGGGAAUCAAUCUAACAAUGUUGCUGAAUUUUAGAGCUUGGUUCAGGGCAUGAGAAUUGUGAGAUUUUUGGGCAUUCAAAAUAUAGAAAUUGAGAUGGACUCUAAGAUUGUGAUUGAGUGGAUGAAGAAAAAAAGAUGUGGCCUUUGGUACUUAGAAGAUUAUUGGGAAGAGUUGAUGCAGCUGUGUGAAGGCUUGAAUUACAUAUUCGGGCAUGUCUAUAGGCAAUGUAACUCAUUGGCUGAUAGCUUAGCUAGGUUGGGAGCUUCCGGAUUGAAUCAGACUUGGAAUGAUAGCUCAGAUUUACCUCCGGUAAUCAGAGGAAUCCUUCGCUUGGAUAAUAGUGGUUUGCUGAGUUUGCGCCCAAUGGAAAUAUCUCACUUGCGAACUUGCUUGGACGGUGUGUAGCUUCAAGUGGAUUUUGUAUAGACUUAACUUUUCGUAUGGAAGAUUGGCAACGGAACUUUUCGUAUAGACGCCGUUUUAUUUUUUAUGCUGGCUUUAUUUCGUAUAGAAGGAACGAUGUCUAUCUUUUAACUCAUUUUUAUUUAAUUUAUUGCUUCAGCUUGGUAUUCAUUGUAUAGAUCUUGGUAAGUAGGUGAUGUCUUUUUUGGAUGCUUGGGCCUUAUUGGUUUAUAUUCAUGGUAUUUGUUUUUGUAAUUCUCAAGUGUCAGGAUGUACCCACGGUUUUCCUCCACCAUAAGUGAGGGCUAUUUCAAUAAA